ACGUCAAAUCCAGCGGAGGAUGCGCAGAAACGUCUAUUAUCUUCACAUUUGCCUGAUGUUUUGUCUCUUUUUCACCUCUCACAGAGGUGUGAUGGAAACAGAGACGAUCUUUUAGAAAGACAGACUGAGGUCGGAUUUCACAAGACUGAUGAUGUGCCAUUUAAACCACUGUCUGCCUUGGUGGUAUAAACAGCACGCAGAGCUCACAUACCGGAGGCUUUAAAUAGAUCUAUUAAGGCCACAGGAGGGGGAGGACCGUUGCAGGGGGGAUAUUCUGGGACAUUUCACUGCUGUGAUAAACUUGAAUGGGCACUUGAAUUACCUCGUGCAGAUUUGCAAUCAUUUAUUGUACCGUAUCUACAAACAUGCCCUCGACUUACACGGUGAGAUCCAGGGUGCGUGAGAGGAACAGCGUCCUGGGCAGACCUGAGUUCAUAUCCCUGAACCAGCAGUCCCCGCGGGCCGCAGUCGGACCCCCGGAGAGCCGCGGCGGUUCCAGACGACCGCCUCAAGCCAAGCACCAAAGCAGCCAGAAGGCCGAGGAACCUACCGACAACGGCAGCAAGGACAGGAGAGAGUCCACCAAGAUGCCGGAGGAGGACUGCAUGCAGCUGAACCCUUCCUUCAAAGGAAUCGCCAUCAACGCCCUCCUCGCCAUUGACAUCUGCCUGUCCAAACGCAUGGGGGUGUGCGCUUACACGUCCUCCUCCUGGGGAGGCUGCCGCUCCAUGGUCGCCCUGCUGGCGCUGACAGGCCACGGGAUCACGUGGAUCAUUGGCACGAUCGUGUGUCUCACACGGAGCAACACCCUGGCAGGACAAGAGGUCUUGGUCAACCUGCUGCUGGCCCUCGUCCUUGAUGUCAUGACGGUGGCUGGAGUCCAGAGACUCGUGAAGCGGAGGGGACCCUGGGAGAUGACGCCCGGCUUCCUGGACUGCGUCGCCAUGGACGUGUACUCCUUCCCCGCGGCCCACGCCAGUCGGGCAGCCAUGGUCUCCAAGUUUCUGCUGUCCCACCUGGUCCUGGCUGUCCCCCUUCGCAUCCUGCUGGUGCUGUGGGCCUUCCUGGUGGGCAUGUCCCGGGUGCUCCUGGGCAGGCACCACCUAACAGACAUGGUGUGCGGCUUCGCGCUGGGCAUGCUCCACUUCAGUCUGAUGGAGACGGUGUGGCUCUCAUCCAACACCUGUCAGACACUCAUCUCCAUCAGCAAGCUCAGCUGGAGCCCCUUUUCCUGAGCCUUUCCUGGAAAACUUUCCUGAGCUUUUGAUUGGUUUUAUAAAAUUAUUUUGGCAAGAGUUAGACUUUUUUUUUUUUACUGCAGGCUGUGAACAAAACACUAACAUACGGUGCAGAUCAAGGUGUGCAUGUCAUUUAUAGGAACAAGUGCAAGUCCCAGGACCCUUACAAAACUCAGCCAGCUUUAAAAACUCUAUCUCACCUUAACCCUUAAAUAAAUUCAGGUAAAUAAGAAAGGCAAAAAACGGCUGCAUUCUUCCUUAAAAGUGCAAACAGAAUUCUUUUUUUUUACCAUUCAACUAUUUGAACCUGUUUCUAUGCACAACUACUAACAUCGCUUUUCCUUUUCUUUUCCCUUCUCUUUAUUAUUUUUAAAUGUUUGGGUUUGCGAAAUAUUGAAAAUCAAGUCGAGUUAUGGAUUUCAUGUUCAUUAUAAUUGCUUUUAAUCAUCACCAAUGUUCUUAACUAGAACCAUUAAGAUUGUUUUGUAUAUAUCUGAUGCAUUACUGUAGUUUUUAUUAAUGCAUUUUUUUUUUCAACUGUGACCUUUUCUUUCUAAGGCAACUGAAGCUGUUUUUGCAAACAAACAAACAAAGAAAAAAUGUCACAGAUGCACUGACUUUGCUACGUCCCUUAUGCUGGAGUCAAAUAUGUUUUGACCUUGAAAAAUUUUUUCAACUUUUUGAUUUGAAUAUUUCCUGUGUUUAUAGCCUUACUAUAUGGUUAAUGGUUUGUUGGUGAUGAUAAGCCACUUUAAGCUGCUUAGGAAAACCCCAAAUCUGAAAAAGAAAAUGUAAAUUUAAUGGGAUGUUGUGUAACAUGUAAAUUACAACUCUCAUUUGCAAAUCUCAUAAAUUCAGAUUUUACUCACAGUGUAACAAAAUAAACUUAUCUAGUGAUGAAAAUUGUACUAUU